UCCGCACCAUCAUCACCAUCAGGAGCAGCAACACUUGCAGCAGCAACAGCAGCAGCAGCAACACGCAGCAGCUGUUGCAGAGGCUGUUGCAGCCGCCGAACAGCGACAACGCUUGCUCGAAGGUAUUUUGCACAUUUUGGUACACUGCUAUCUGAUCAGAGAUCUGAUCUGUAUAAUACCCCUUUAUACAUACAUACUCUUUCAAACCCAAAAACCACGAUUCAAAGUGUCAACUCUGUGUAAAUUGAAUGAACGAAGCCACAGAAAACCUGGUUUAUUUAGUUUACUUCUCUCCCCCUCCACUUGGGUUUUUGUGUCACUGAAUUUGUUUAUGAAAAACACUCGGAAAAGAACUCAACGUACAUCAUUAUGUGAAUCGAAUCGAAGCGAACACUCUCUUUACGAACAAUCUUUCAGCGGCGUUUUGGUUAUGGCUUGAGUUAUUUUUUUAUACACCUCCGCAGCAAAGUUCCAUGCAGUGAAAGUGCUUUAAAAGGACCACAAAAGAAGAAAAGUAAUAUAGUACCCACAUAUGAACUAAGAGAAAAGGCAAAGCCUGGGAAAGUUACAAAGUGCUUACAAAGUGUUGUGCAAAAGAACUAUAUAAAACAUCAUUUGAUAAUCAAUAACAAAACAAAUUGAAACAAUCAAAACCUAGCUUGCAAACAAAGCUUAAAAUAAUAAAAUCGUUAUUGAUUUCAAUAAACAGUAACAGGAGGUUUUCAUAAAUAUAAUACAAGUAAUCUAAAGAUGCCACUUAAAUAAAAAUCCCAAGGCUAAAGCUGCUCCAGUGGGAGUUGGGAUCAAUCACAAUCUUGAAUAACCAAAUGAAACACGCCUUCCAGUACUAUAAAGAAGAAUAUCGCCAAAAAUGUAUAUAAUGUAAUAACUUAAAGCGGAGGGCUCCCAUUUCCUCGAUUUCUCGUCUGUUCCCCGUCUUCGCGGUGUACAGUUUUCGUUUUGCGACCACUUUCCGUUUGCCUACGUGCCAGAAGAAGAAGCGUGGAGUGGUGGGGAGAGGAAGGAGAGAGCCAACGUGUCUGCGCCCCUCGCUCUGCCCCUAUAUACGGUCUCUCCCUGCCCCUCUCUCGCGCUCCCACCUCGUUGCGCUAGAAUAAAAUUGUAACUAACCGAGUAAUGAGUGACAGUGCACAACCAAAUGAAAACAAAGUAAAGUGUGUUGAAAAGUGAAUGCCGAAGCUUAGCUCCGUGUGCUAAGCGACCAUACUCGAAGAGGGCGCCAAAACGAUUGUGUGCGUGUGAACUCGCGUUGGUAAGAGUUCAAUUGACUUUUAGCGCCUAACUGGCCGCCAAUCAAUCAAUUUACCGGCCAUGUGGGACACACGCACACUCGCUGGCUUGCCUCGGCAAUUAAAAAUACAUAAUUACUCGCCUGAAUAAAUACAACUACAAAGUAAAGUACGUGUUUGCACAACGAAUACAACAAAACGAAAAUGCAAAGUCAAUAAACUUUUUGUAUGACAAAAGAGUGUUCGAAAAUGCCGCAGAAAAAGAAAAGAGAAGGGAGAGCUUUUCAAGCCCGUACAUGUACAGUGUACGUGUAUACGAGAAAGCUUUCGAGAGCCCAGUGUGUGCGUCGAGUUUUUUGCAAGUGUUUUUCAAAAAUAUUUUCAGUUUGCCAUGCCACAAAAAUGUAUCAACCAGUCGUCGUUGUUUCCCACAGUGUAUGCAAUUCCAAAAAUGCCGCGAAGAUUCGAAUUCAAUCGCCGAUCAAGUUCGAUGCAAAUGCCAAUGCAACGGCAAGAAAUCAAUACGAAAAUAAUGGCAGGUGUGGUUGUUCAAGUGUUCAAGCCAGAGAUAAUGCCAGAGAUAACGAAGAAAUCGAAAUCAAGAUCGUGUGCAAGUUCAAGUGGUUGUGACCCUCGCAUCGAAUCAAAAUCAAUAUCAAUAUCAGCCAGAGAUUGACGACGGGAUGCGGCCUUUUCCACCGACCAUGUCACGAACUCACACGAAUGAUUGCAACGCAUUGAUGAGAUCGAUAAUCUCAAACUGGAGCAGGCCCGCAUGGGCCAGCAAUGCGCGGAUGCCCUGCGACGCGAGAAGAUUCUCAUGCGGCGGCUGGCCAACAAGGAGCAGGAAUUCCAGGACUAUGUGAGCCAGAUUGCCGAGUACAAGGCCCAACAGGCGCCGACUGCCCUGGCUUUGCGCACUGCCCUUCUCGAUCCGGCGGUCAACCUUCUGUUCGAACGGCUCAAAAAGGAACUGAAGGCCACCAAGGCCAAGCUGGAGGAGACCCAGAAUGAGCUGUCCGCCUGGAAGUUCACACCGGACUCCAACACCGGCAAGCGCCUGAUGGCCAAGUGCCGUUUGCUCUAUCAGGAGAACGAGGAGCUGGGCAAGAUGACCUCCAAUGGCAGACUGGCCAAGCUGGAGACCGAACUGGCGAUGCAGAAAAGCUUCAGCGAGGAGGUCAAGAAGUCGCAGUCGGAGCUGGACGACUUCCUACAAGAGCUGGACGAAGACGUGGAAGGUAUGCAGAGCACCAUUCUGUUUCUACAGCAAGAACUGAAGACUACUCGCGAUCGCAUCCAGACAUUGGAGAAAGAGAACGCCCAGCUGAAGCAGAUAAGCACCAAGGAUGAGGUCGUGACACCGACGCAAGCGACCAACGGCAAUGGUGCCACCAGCCAGACGACAAGCAAACUAGAAACCAUCGAUGAGAACGCCUGCCUGGCGAGCAUCCCAUCAAAUUCAGACUGUUACAAUGGCAACGCUAACAACGAACAGAUCGUGGCCGUGCCACAGAUACAACUGGCGGACGAUAGCAGCAAUAGCAACGGGAAUGCGGCGCGACUAGCCCGCAAGCGAAACUAUCAGGAGGAAGAGAUGCCAGCAAUAGUGGUGCCCAUAACAACGCCAGUGGGCAACACUGUCCAGGAACCGCCGCAAAUAAGGGAAGUUACCGCCCCUCGUACUCUGCCGCCCAAAAAGUCCAAGCUGCGAGGCAUAGCCACGCGACGCAACUCGCAGCUUGAAGAAGAACAUCAGCCCCUGAAGACGCCAUUGGCCGUGCCGCUGGUCCUGGACAAUGCCGUGGCCGGAAUGGCCAGUGAAGAGGCAGCUGCUGCUGCGGUGGCGACCAGCAACAACGCGGAAACGGGAGUGGUGGCUGGAGCUCCAAUCGAGGCAAGCGAUCCAGCUGCUCCUGCGGCACCGGCACGGAUAGUGACCCGACGCCGGUCAGUCCGUAUGCAGCAGAACGGCAGCGGAGCGGUCGACUACUCCACCUAAACGUUGUCGGUCCUUUUUUAAAAAAGGGUGCACUCUUUAUAAGUUCGUCAUAUUGAUCGUCAAUUCCUGACGUUUACUUUUGUGAAUUGAGAUUUAAAAACCGAAACAGACUUUAUUUUAUAACUCUAACCUAUCAUAUUAGAUUCCUUUAUUUUUUACAUGUCUUGUAAAAUACGUUUAUAAUUUUGUUUGCAUGCAGAAUAGGCAUACUUAUUACGCGAAUUAAUUAGAAAUCACUGCAAUACAUACGAAAUACAAUUAUGUAGACCAGUGUACCAUUACAGCCCACAUGUAUGGUCGAUCUGAACGAUAAUUAUAAACCUGAUAACCUAUUUAUGUUUUUAAAAAACCUCGGCAUCUACGGAAAAGCUGAAAAACGAAACUUCGACAAAAGAGAAAAAAAAAUCGUCAUUUAGCUAAAUUAGAUUUUAAUUAUCAACGUAAGGCCUUUUUGUAAAACGAUGAAAGUUGUGUAUAAUAAUAUAAACUUCUGUUAAAAUAAAUUGUUAAGCAUAACAAAUAUUUGAAAUAACCAGAA